AUGACGCCGACGUACGAGGCGGUGGACCCGCUGAGCCCGCGGGCAGUGAUCGCGGGGAUGCUGGUGGGCUUCGUGGUGUCCGCGAUGAACGUCAGCUUCGGGCUGAAGGCCGGAUGGGGCCAGGGAGGGAGCGUGUUGGCGGCAGCCGUCAGCAUCGGGUUGUUCAGCGCGAUGAAACCCAAGAUUCCAUUCACGCAGCUAGAGGCGAACGUCUGCCAGACGGUCGCCAGCGCCGCGGGUUCGAUGACCAUGGCCGCGGGUCUCAUCGGACCGAUCCCCGCCCUGCACCUGCUCGGUAUGCGCUACUCGGUCUGGACGAUGAUGACCUGGGGGGCGUCAGUCGCGUUCCUCGGGGUGUUCUUCGCGGUCCCCUUGCGUCGCCACUUCCUGUUGGAGUCGCAGCUGAGGUUCCCGUCCGGAACGGCCACGGCCGAGACGAUAAAGUCCAUGUUCGCGGACGCCAGGCGCGCCAAGUCGCAGGUGGGCACUCUGAUCCACGCGUCUGUAUUCGCCGCCGGGACAGUCGUCCUGACGUGGUGCUUCCCGUGGGUGCUGCGGCCGCCGUUGUUCGCCACGCUCGGGCUCGCGUCCGCGGCGAGGUGGGGUUGGGGGAUACGAAUCGACGCGACGCUCGUGGGGGGCGGGAUACUCAUGGGGACGAGGGUCGGGGUGAGCGUGUUGGUCGGGGGGGUGUGCGCGUGGGGAAUGGUCGGGCCGUGGGCGGCCGCGAGGGGGUGGGUGACGGGGGAUCCCCUCAGCAUGAAGGGCGGGGCGAGGGGUUUGUUGCUGUGGCCGGGGGUGACGAUGAUGGCGGUGGACUCGCUCAUGCAGCUGGCACUCGCGACGGUGUGCAGACCCAGGCGGCGGAGGAAGGUCGCCAUGGGGGGAGAUUCGUCUAAUAAAUCCGGGCAGGAGGCGACCAAGCGGCGGACCAAGUGGACCUACGACGACGUCGACGCCGACGGUUCGAGCGAGGCUCCCCUCCUCGGCGGCGGCGGCGGCGACGACGACGACGAACCCGGGCUGCUCAAGUCCCCGGACGUCCUGCCAAAGUCCAAGCCGACGCUCGUGGGUUGGGCGGGUAUCGAGGAUGGCAACGUACACGACGAAUCAAUCGUCCCCGCCGGUGACGCGUCACCGCCCGCCGACUUCAAGGAGGACCACCCGGACGCGAUACCCCGGUCGUGGUGGAUCGUCGGGCUCGCCGUCACCGGGGUAUGGACCGCGUCGGUGCUCCACCUCAACUUCGGGAUGGCCCUCUGGCAGCCGGUCCUGGCGCUCCCGGUGGCGGCCGUGAUGUCGUACGUCGCCGUUCGGUGCACCGGGGAGACGGAUAUCAACCCCAUCGGUCCCAUGGGUAAGAUCAUCCAGCUCGUGUUCGCGCUCGUGGCGCCCGGGGCGAUCGUGACGAACCUGAUGGCGGCGGCGGUGGCGUGCGGGGGCGCGGGGCAGGCUGGGGACCUCAUGCACGACUUCCGAGCCGGGCUGAUGAUGCGACUGUCCCCGAGGAAGCAGCUCCUGGCGCAGCUGAUGGGGAUACCGAUCGGCAUCUUGGGCGCCGUGCCCACGUACGCGUUGUUCGCGGCGACGUACCCGAUCGGCGGCGAGCAGUUCCCCGCGCCCGCGGCGGUGGCGUGGCGCGCGGUCGCGGAGGUGCUGACCGGGCCGGAAGGCGGCGGUCUCCCGGCGGAGGCCAAGGCGCUCAUGCUCAUGGCCGCGGCGUUCACAGCUUGGGUUCGGACAGUGGAGCGCAUGGCGGAGACCAGGGCGGAGACGAACCCGAACUCCCGCGCCGCGCGUUGGAUCAAGCGGUUGAUGAUAAGCCCCACGAGCGCGGGGAUAGCGUUCAUCAUCCCCCCGGAGUUUUCCACGACGAUCGCCGUCGCGGCCAUCGGUUCGGGAUACUGGGAGCGGCGGAACCGGGAGCACCACGAGGAUCACGCGUACAUCGCGGCGAGCGGUUUGUUGGCCGGCGCGGGGGUGAUGGGGGUGGUCACCGCGCUGGUGUCCAUGGCGUUCGGGACCACCGCGCCGGAAACGUGA